AUGCCUGCUCUCCUGAUUGAGGAUUCUUCGCCCCUGAUGCCGGUUGAAGAGGAAGACUCGGAAGAUUAUGAAUACAGCUUGAGCUCAGACGAUACCGACACUUCGGAUGACCAGGGCGAUGACGAAUAUGUAAACGACGGCGCAAUUGGAAAUAGCCUCAGAUACAUCGACAGCACGACAAUACGUCUUCCCUCUGGCAAGACGAUAUCCCAUCGACCUGACGCUGGAUUCCGGAAAUCGAAAUCGAGGUCGCAUAAAUCUUUAACUACCACAUCGGCGUCGGCGUCAAGGACUCAGAAGAAACUCCGCGGAAACUGUGCCAUGAUCUCAUCAAGUUCAACACCAUCACAGAAAGUCUCGCGCACUUCUGCAGCUUCAUCAGAUCACGACCACGAGUCCACGUCAUCAGAUUCCGACGCCACAACUCCAACACCAAACUCAUCGGCACUCUUGUCAACAAAUACCCAGUCCUCAGCCCUGAACAACCGGGUCCGGGCCAUCUCCCACAAGACCCUCCGCGCCUCGGACAUGCAAAUGAUGGCCAGUCUACCCGCCACCACGCAGCGCGCCCUCAUGGCGACGCAGCAGCGAUCCGUGUCGCGCUCCAGCCGCGCCGACCACAAGUUCCGGGGCAAGAUGGGCGCGUUUGGCAAUAUCAAGAUGACGGAGCGGUUUAUAAUUGAUGUGCCGUUUGGUAAUCGCCACAAGUGCCGUUUCCCGGUAUGA